CUAGGAAGCACAAGGAUAACGAGCUUUCAUCGUCCGAUUAAUUUUCCCUACCCAUGCCCGACCCUAUCUAUAUAUAGCCCUCUACCUCCAUCCCUGGCAAACUUUUCGAAUUUGUUUUCACGGAGAGUGAGAGAGGCGAAGGUAUCUAUCGGUCGUGAAGUUUGAGAGGUUUACCAGCUUCUACUUCUAGUAAAGUAAAAUGGCUGCACAAAGGGUUGCUCAUGCCACUUUGACAGGACCAAGUGUGGUGAAGGAGAUAAUUAUUGGCAUUACACUUGGCUUCGCCGCAGGUGGUUUAUGGAAGAUGCAUCAUUGGAAUGAGCAGAGGAAAACAAGGGUUUUCUACGAUUUGCUAGAGAAAGGUGAGAUCAGCGUUGUUGCAGAAGAAUGAAGAUCCCAGAGUUCCUGCUAGGAUUUCCAUUGAACAAAUAAGGAUUCCAGAGUUUCUGUAAAUGAAUAUUUCGUCAUUACUCUGGCAACUUUAAUCUGGAACAAGCACGCUUGGACUGGGAUUUGGGAAAAAUAAAGAAAUUUGUUAAUCAUGUUUGCCGCAUUAUUGCUUUGGAGCCCAAAAAAUAUUUGGUCUCGGUUUCUAGUAGCUGCUUGACCUAGGAUUUGCUGAUCGUUUAGCUGUAAAAUUUUAUGGCAGUUUCAUUGAAGCUAAAAGCGAGAGAAAACUCUGGUCUCUAGUUGUUCUGCGUCAAAACGUUUGCCUUUUUUAGUUAUUUAUAUGAUAUGGACAAGGAUUACGCGUGUUGAA